CGGCGACGAGACUCCGGCCGCCGAGUUCAGUGCGAGACCAUCAUCCUCUCGGGGCACUUUCUCCGCGUCGGACGAGCUCGUCACCUCGUGUGAUCGGAGUCCCGUCGUGUCGCUUCAGGAGGCGAGAGAAGAGCUCGGAAGCGGAGUGGAGGAACACGUGCGAGAGUUCAGCACUCCGCAGAAGGCGAGAAGAGACACAGAGAAAGAGAGAGGGGGUGUACGGAGGAGACCUCACGAUGGCGUACAGCUGGGACAAUCGCGUUAAUUUCAUAGUGAAGUUCCUCUACGGUCAGUAGACGCGGAGGGUACCCCGUAAGGGGGUAAUCGAGAUGCCACUGGAGACAUAGACAACAACGGGCAACUGGACAAGCACGACUUCGAGUGCAUGGCGCUGAGAAUGACGUUGAUCGAGGGUAAGGGUGACUUCAACUUCAACCGGUACCAGGAAAACUUGCACAUCAUGCUCUCCUUAUGGGAGGAGAUAGCUGACCUGGCGGACUUCGAUAAGGACGGCCUUGUAACGAUAGAAGAGUUCAAGAAAGCCGUGCAAAACAGUUGCGUCGGUCGAUCCUACAACGAUUUCCCCCAGGCCAUGAAGAUGUUCAUCGACAGCCACUUCAAGAUACUCGACAUGAACGAGGACGGAGUGAUCGGCGCCGAGGAGUUUCGAUACGACUGCGUCUCGAGGAUUGCCGUGGAUAACAUAGACGUCUUGGAUAAAGCUUAUCAGAGUCUCCUGAAUGACGACGACAGGAGGCGCGGCGGACUGACCUUGUCGCGUUACCAGGAACUAUACGCGCAGUUUCUCGGCAAUCCCGACGACAACUGCCCGGCGAUCUACCUCUUCGGGCCGAUAGGCCUGGAAUCGUAAUCGACGAGCGGCCGUCGAUUCUCACGAAUCGCGAUAUAAAUCCUCACACUUUGUACAAAAGACAUACACGUAUACAUAACAUAAUGUAUUUAAUUUAACGUCCGUAUUAAAUCUUGUAAAGAAAGCUGUUGUAAUAAA